AUGGCAUUCUGUUCCUCGUGCAAUCGAUCGUUCAGAUCCGAGACCUCCCUUGACCAACACAUAAAAGACUCACCAGCCCAUGCUAUAAAGUUCUACUGUGGCCUAUGUUCGAUCUGGCUCCUCGACAUUGAUGCUCUUGAAGAACACAUCCGAACCUCCCCUCCUCACAGUGCACCCACGCGCAACACAUCCAAGUUCAAGUGCGAUAUCUGCUCGACAACUUUUGUUAGCCAGAACUUCCUUAACGACCAUCUCCAGUACUCACCUCUGAAUGCCACCUCAUUCGCACACAAACUUUACAGUUUAGUCUACCUUACACGAAAAGAAUUAGAAGAAAAUCUCCAGAAUUUACAAGCGCAUACUCCAAACUUUGAAUGCAAAUCUUGUACACGCCUCUUCAAUGACCAGAGCGCUCUUGAUCGGCAUCUUCAGUCUUCGUCGGCUCAUACCCCAACUUUCGAAUGUGAUCCAUGCGAUCGAUCAUUCGUCAGUCAAGAUGCGCUAGAUGCACAUAUACAAAGCUCGAAAGCUCACGCUGGAGAACGUCACGGUGUCCCUUUACAAGGAUAUCGUUCAAACCCCACACCACUAGACAUCUUUUUCGCAUACUAUACAUCCUUCAAAUACGACCCCACACUUCCACCGUCCGUAUCAUACGCAAAGCUCGUGGACUUCUACGACUGGGAUAGAAACGACCCGGAAGCUCGAACAGCACGCAGGGAGUAUCAAAAUUCACUGGAAGAUGAAGUCCGACUCUGGUUUGGGUCGGAGAGCGAUCUUGCUUCCUGGCAUUCUCUUUGUCGGGCUGUUGGGAUUGAACCAUUGCCUAGGACUUGUAAUGCUGCUAGAGUGGCUAUCCGAAAUGUAUAUGUCAAUAUUGUUGAUUUGAUUCAUUGGGCUCGUAUGGGGCUGGGAGAUAGGCCGGUUCACCGGUUUAAGAAUAUUGGGGAGCUGAGUCAAUAUACUAAGCUCACGAAUAAGUUCUAUUCCUGUAGAGGUCCUGAAAAAGGGGAGGAUAAUGUUGUUCUUCGACAUUUGCUUCGCCAUAUCCUUUCCUAA